AGAGAGAGAGACAGAAAGAGAGAGAGAGAGAGAGAGAGAGAGAGAGAGAGAGAGGCUGUGUGGCGUGAGGAGGCUGUGUUUAGGAGAAUCCAUAGCCCUCUGGCUCACAAGGAGAACAGAAGAGAGAAGAAGAAGACACAACCUUUAUUUUUUCUCCUCUUUCUCUUUGCAUCCUACCGGAGGCUUUGGGUCAAAUUUUUUUUGUCCUUCCUUCUCUCUCUCCAUCCAUCCAUCCAUCCUUCCGUCCCUGCGAAGGAGGAACAGCGCGACCGGAGUCGCUCUCAUUCAGCCGGUGGUGGAAGUUGAUGCUGUAGUGUGGGUGUUGAGCUGAGAGGCCCUGGUUGAUGCAGUGAAGAGCUCUAUCAGGACAAACACAAGCGAAGGAGAUUCAUGGGUAACCUCCUGAAAGUGCUGGCUUGCUCCGAACUUGAGCAUGGCCCAAUAGUUUUCCUUGACUUUGAACAUGCCCAGCCUACAGAGGCAGAGACGGCGGUGUGGAACCAGGUCAGUGCUGUUCUGGAGGAGGCCCAUGGCAUCCUGGCCGAACUACAGUCUUACAAUGGGGCGGGACAAGAGAUACGAGAGGCCAUCCAGAACCCAGGUGAUCUGCAGCUACAGGAGAAGGCCUGGAACGCAGUCUGCCCCCUGGUGGCCAAGCUCAAACGCUUCUACGAGUUCUCCCUCCGACUGGAGAAUGCCCUGCGUAGCCUGUUGGAGGCGCUGACGAGCCCUCCCUACGCUCCCAUGCAGCACCUGGAGAGAGAGCAGGCCCUGGCCAAACAGUUCGCUGAGAUACUCCACUUUACCCUCAGCUUCGACGAACUAAAGAUGACAAACCCAGCCAUUCAGAAUGAUUUCAGCUACUACAGGAGAACCCUUAGUAGGAACAGGCUGAACAACCAGCAGUUGGAGGGGGAGAACGAGGUGAACAACGAGAUGGCCAAUCGGAUGUCACUGUUCUACGCCGAGGCCACACCCAUGCUGAAGACCCUGAGUAACGCCACCACCAAGUUCGUGUCAGAGAAUAAAACCUUACCCAUUGAAGACACCACAGACUGCCUGAGCACCAUGGCCUGUGUGUGUCGUGUCAUGCUGGAGACCCCUGAAUACCGUUGUAGGUUCACCAACACAGACACCAUGUUGUUCUGUAUGCGGGUGAUGGUGGGAGUAAUCAUCCUGUAUGACCACGUCCACCCUGUAGGAGCCUUCGCCAAGACCUCCAAAAUAGACAUGAAGGGCUGCAUCAAGGUGCUGAAAGAACAGCCUUCCAACAGCGUGGAGGGACUACUGAACGCACUGAGGUAUACGACCCGGCAUCUAAACGACGACAGUACCUCCAAACAAAUCAGGGCUCUUCUCCAAUGAGAGAUGGAAGAGAGGCGAGAGGGAAGGAAGGAGAGAGAAAGCGAGACACACAGAGGAGGAGAACGAGGGAGAACAAACUGAUGAAAAGAAAAAAGGAAACAGUCUGUCUGUCUGUCUGUCUCUCAUUUUGUGAGAAAGAAAAUGAAAGAAGAGAAUCUAUAGAGAUAUAUAUUAAGGAGAAAAAAAAGCUAAACUAAAAAACGAAACAAGUGCUACCAGAUGGAAAUAAGUAGGACAAAUCUAUAUUAGAAACAUCUAUGGUCUGGAAACAAAACUGAAACAAAAAACUGAAAAUAAACAAAAAGGUUCAUAUUCCGUACAACAACGUUAGUCUGAAGAAUAUUUUUGCAUUCACGUAGAAUAUAAACAACGCUGUCUGUCAGUAUCCACGUAGUCGCCGUAAAGAUUUAAACCAGGCUCCAUUACAAACUGUAAAGAAUAGACUGGGAUUGACAAAACGGCCUGAUUCCAAACCAAUGGCUUGUCCCUUUCCAAAAGUCCUUGUGGACUCCCCUUGAUCUAAAAGGACUUGGAGUUGUAAGUAUUAUGGCAGAAACACUUUGUAACAUACCAGAAGGCUAAUGGGAGUUGUAGUCAUAUUGCUGAUAUCAAACCAAACAAUCUGUCAGGUAGUCAACAAGGUCCUAAGGUUCAGGGUGAGGUAUUGGUUUGAGAUUGGGCCCCUGUGUAGAUUAUGCUCAGUCACUGCAUUGAGGGUCCAUCCCAAUAGUCUGAAGUGGCUUCCUCUUCUCCUUGUCUCCUCUCCUUGUCUCCUCUCCUUCAUCUGCAAUGAACUGAAAACACAGGUGUUAAGUAAAGACAAUAUGAUGGAUACAAACAGAAAAAUUUGCUCUCACUCGUUCAACUCUUUCAUUGCAGAUGAAGGAAAGGGGACAAGGAGACAAGGAGGGGAAGCUAUUUUAGUGUAUUGACAUGCACCCAGACACUCCUCAUCACACACCCACUCCUAUUGACCCCAAUCGUAACUACGGGAGCUGUGGGCGUUUUUGGCACUAGUAUGCGAUGUUAUGCCGUAGAAGGAGCUUGUGAAGAAUGUAGGUAAUUCAGACCUCUCUUUAUGGUGCUAAAACUUGUCACUAUCCACAUAAAAGCUCACACAACGUUUCAUCCACCUAGUGCCAAAGCUAUUGCGUCAUCAGCAGGUGAGGAUUGGGUUAAGGAGAUACUGACCGCUAGCCUUGUAACACCGCUUGAUAUCUAUCUUUAGGGGGUUAAAGGAGAUACUGACCGCUAGCCUUGUAACACCGCUUGAUAUCUAUCUUUAAGGGGUUAAGGAGAUACAGACUGCUAGCCUUGUAACACCGCUUGAUAUCUAUCUUUAGGGGGUUAAGGAGAUACAGACCGCUAGCCUUGUAACACCGCUUGAUAUCUAUCUUUAGGGGGUUAAGGAGAUACUGACCGCUAGCCUUGUAACACCGCUUGAUAUCUAUCUUUAGGGGGUUAAGGAGAUACAGACCGCUAGCCUUGUAACACCGCUUGAUAUCUAUCUUUAGGGGGUUAAGGAGAUACUGACUGCUAGCCUUGUAACACCGCUUGAUAUCUAUCUUUAGGGGGUCCGAAAGGCCAUCAGUAAGACAUGUUAUGUACAUUGGGAAAUCUUGGAUUUGCCAUCUUGGAUGUUUUUGGGGAAUACUCUAUUGAAACAUAAAGAGAAGGGCAGAGACUAUCAGGGAGGGACUAAGACAGCAUCAUAACAAGAGGAUAUAUAAACACACAGGCACAGAUCACUCAGAGAGUCGCAGUGUAAAUGAGUAUUUUCUCAUCAGGCACCUACAAGGCCAGCUCAGGUCCUCCAGGAUAGAAUACACAACAACAAUAACAAACAUGCUGAUGAUCCACUAGAUAUUUCUUCUUUUAGUGUGAGUCAAAUAAAAAAAUAAAGUCGUUGAAUAAGUGGGUAUUGAAAAUAAAUAUGUUCAAAAGGAGAUUUUAAAAAAGGCAGUGCUGUACUUUCCAUGUCUAUAGACCUUAGUCUAACGUCAUUUGAUCUUAUCAUAUAUUUUCUAUACAGGGGUAUGUGGCACAAGCAUAUUCUGUAUAAAUAUAUAGAUGGCAUGUUGUAAAAGUUCUGACAAAAAUGUGUACAUAAAGGUGUUUUUAUUCAUUUUUAAUUGUUCAGUGAAACUGAAAUUGGGUGUGUGUUGUCUCUCUCAGAAAUCCCAUGGCUUGGCUUGGACCAUUGAACUUGCCGUCGUGAGUCAUAGGUUUUCAAAAAUCCCAACCUCAUCUUGGCGAAUGAAAUGGCGGGAGGGGCGGGACUAGGGGGGAGCUGUCCAUUUGCUUGUUAUUUUGUACAUUUUGUGCAACAAUAAAACUUGUCAUUUAUUACAUUCAA